AUGUGGGCAAAUGAAAUGCAUGAUGGCUGCAGGGAUAAAACAUUAGAGUUUCUCUCAUUUGAAGGGGCCUUAGGUGGCAUUUUGGCUGCUCUUUCAAUAACGGGAUCUCUCCUUCCCCUGAGCAUCCUGUUUAUAUUUUUAAAGAAUGCUGAUACUCCAGUUGUGAAAGCGAAUAACCGGAAUCUCAGUUACACCCUUUUGGUUUCCCUGUGUUUCUGCUAUCUCUGUGCUUUAAUGUUCAUUGGGCGUCCCAUUACUAUAACCUGUAUUCUCAGGCAAUUUAUAUUUGGGAUCAGUUUUGUGAUGUGCAUUUCAUGUGUGUUGGGAAAGACAAUGAUGGUGGUGAUCGCCUUCAACCUCACCCAGCCAAGGAGCAGCAGGAGAAUGUGGUUGAAUUCUCGAGUAACGAACACCCUGGUGCUUGUGUGCACAGCUAUACAAGUGAUUAUAUGUGCUGGGUGGCUUGCACACUCUCCCCCUUUUCAAUACACUGACAAUAAAUCCAAGGCAGGCACCAUUAUUGUGGAAUGUAACAAGGGAUCACCUGUAGCUUAUUCAUGCACAAUGGGAUAUAUGGGGUUUUUAGCUUCUUUGUGUUUUGCCAUAGCUUAUUUGUCAAGAAAGUUGCCGGGCAGUUUCAAUGAGGCCAAACUGAUCACCUUUAGUAUGCUGAUAUUUGGAGCUGUUUGGAUCUCCUUCAUCCCAGCCUACCUCAGCACCACAGGGAAGUACAUGGUGGCAGUGGAAGUGUUUGCCAUUUUGUCUUCAAGCAGUGGAUUAGUGGCAUGUAUAUUUUUGCCAAAAGUCUACAUCAUUAUUCUGAGACCUGAGAUGAACAAGAUUGGAAGAAAAAUAAUAAAAGAAUAA